CGAAAAAACCCCAAUUGCGUUGUUAUUCGGUCAUCACCGCUCUUCCUGUAUUUUGAUUACACUCACAUCAGAGAGACAUUUGAGCUCUCCAUGCUCGGCUGGAGCUGAAGCUUUUGCGCAUUGACACCGAGGACCCCCACCUUAUCAAGCAAACCGCAGAGCUUCUGUUGACAACAUUCCUCUCUUCAACAACCGACCUUCAACAUGGUUUAUACUGCUAGUUUUGCUUUCUUUGAAAGCCUUUGGGAGGCGGGUGUCACCCAUGUCUUUGUCAAUUUAGGGUCUGACCAUCCUUCGAUCAUGGAGGCGAUAGUGAAGGGCCAAAAUGAAAAGAAGGGCGAAUUUCCACGAGUUAUCACAUGUCCAAACGAGAUGGUAGCACUGUCGAUGGCAGAUGGCUACGCUCGACUUACUGGCAAACCCCAGUGUGUUCUCGUCCACGUCGAUGUCGGUACCCAAGGACUAGGAGCAGCGGUCCAUAAUGCUUCCUGCGGUCGAGCACCGGUCCUAAUUUUCGCCGGUCUUUCUCCAUUUACAAUUGAAGGGGAAAUGCGGGGUUCUCGAACUGAGUACAUCCAUUGGAUCCAAGAUGUGCCCGAUCAGAAACAAAUUGUGGCACAAUAUUGCAGAUACACUGGCGAAAUUAAAACCGGAAAGAAUGUCAAACAAAUGGUCAACAGAGCCCUGCAAUUCGCCCGCAGCGACCCAGCUGGCCCAGUAUACUUGUGUGGGGCGAGAGAGCCCAUGGAGGAGGAUAUUGAGCCUUACAAACUCGAACAAGAUUAUUGGCAUCCUGUGGAACCGGCAGCUCUGUCGGAGGCUGCAGUCAAGCGUAUUUCUGAAGCUUUGGUUGGUGCCAAGGAACCGUUGAUAAUCACCGGUUAUAGCGGUCGAAACCAUGCCACGGUACCAGCUCUGGUAAAACUGGCAGAUAUAGUCAAAGGCAUUAGGGUGUUAGAUACUGGUGGAAGUGACAUGUGCUUCCCCGCCGAUCAUAGGGCCUGGCUGGGUCUGAGAUACGGAAUUGACGAAUCUAUUAGGACCGCUGAUGUUAUUUUAGUCCUUGACUGCGAUACCCCUUGGAUCAACACCCAAUGUCUCCCUGCAAAAACUGCAGAAAUAUUCCAUAUUGAUGUUGAUCCCCUCAAAAAACAGAUGCCAGUAUUCUACCUGAAUGCCUCGGCGCGAUACUUCGCCGAUAGCCACGAAUCGAUAACUCAACUCACAAAUUAUCUCUCUUCAUCCCCACUCUCCCAGCAACUGUCUUCACAGGAAUUUGCCAAGAAGUGGGAUUUACUCGGAGAAUCGCAUAGCAAGCGUCUGGCCGUCAUUGCUGCAGCUAGCGAACCUAAACCUGAUGACACAUUUGGCACGGGAUAUCUCUGUCGCACUCUUCGCAAGCUCGUACCAAUCGAUGCAAUUUGGGCUAUCGAGGCAGUCACAAAUACAGCUUUUGUUGCCGACAACAUCCAAGCCACCUUCCCUGGCUCCUGGAUCAACUGUGGAGGUGGGGGACUUGGAUGGUCUGGUGGUGGAACCUUAGGUAUAAAGCUGGCUACAGAAUAUGAGAAUGGUCCCGGGAAGGGAAAGUUUGUCGUCCAGAUUGUGGGAGAUGGAACUUUCCUUUUCAGUGUGCCAGGCAGCGUCUAUUGGAUCUCGAGACGCUAUAAAAUUCCAGUUCUGACCAUAGUGUUGAACAAUAAAGGAUGGAACGCGCCAAGGAAAUCGCUGCUUUUAGUACAUCCUGACGGUUUGGGAUCGAAAGUUACCAACGAAGAACUCAACAUCAGUUUUGCGCCCUCCCCUGAUUAUGCUGGUAUCGCAAAAGCUGCAGCAGGAGGUGACUUGUUCGCCGAGAAGGUAUCGAAGACUUCGGAUUUGGAGGAUGUGCUAAAGAGGGCGGUGGAGUCGGUGAAGAAUGGAACGACGGCUGUUGUUGAUGCCCAGGUUGUUUUCGGUUGUUAGAUUCUGAGCAGAAUUUGAGCGAGAUUUAUUGAUGUGAGGAAUUAGAAGCAUGAGAUAUUUCCUGAGCACUUGCUGCCUCGGACAAAAACCCCAAUGCUCCGUCU